GCCGGGCCGCUCGCUCCGCUCCGCUCGGCUGCUGGGCUCGGCCACGGGCGCGUAGGCGGCGGCGGGGCUGCCCGGGGCUGCUCCUCCUGCUUUCCCGCCGCCGGCCGUCGCACACGCGGCGCGAGGCCCGGUCCGGAGCGCGAGCGCGGAGUCCGGGCGCCGCAGGGCUCAGCCGGGGUGGGGCGGCGGGUUCGGGGAGCGGCCGCGGCAUCCUCUCCCCCCGCGGCGGCCGGCCCGCAGAGGACGAGGCCGGCGCCCGGUCGCUGCCGCUCAGCCUGCUGCCGGAGGGGCGAAGGUGAGUGACGAUGGCAGGGAGAACGUGACCUGCACGGGCCCUUUCCCGCCCACUGAGUGGCACCACCAUGCAGAAGCCCAGCGGCCUGAAGCCCCCUGGCCGUGGGGGAAAACACUCGAGCCCCAUGGGCCGGACGUCUGCUGGGUCAGCCUCAGCCUCUGCCACGGCGGCAGCCAGCGGCUCCAAGGAAGGCUCCCCCCUGCACAAGCAGGCCUCGGGACCCUCUGCGGCUGCGCCCGCCGCCCCCGAGAAGCCUGGCCCGAAGGCAGCCGAGGUGGGCGAUGACUUCCUGGGGGACUUUGAGGUCGGCGAGCGGGUAUGGGUGAAUGGCGUGAAGCCAGGUGUGGUGCAGUACCUGGGCGAGACACAGUUCGCACCCGGCCAGUGGGCCGGCGUGGUGCUGGACGAGCCCGUGGGCAAGAACGAUGGCGCUGUGGGCGGCGUGCGCUACUUCGAGUGCCCGGCCCUGCAGGGCAUCUUCACGCGGCCCUCCAAGCUCACCCGGCAGCCCACGGCGGAGGGCUCGGGCAGCGACACCCACUCGGUGGAGUCGCUGACCGCCCAGAACCUGUCCCUGCACUCGGGCACCGCCACCCCGCCGCUGACCAGCCGCGUUAUCCCGCUUCGGGAGAGCGUCCUCAACAGCUCCGUCAAGACCGGCAACGAGUCGGGCUCCAACCUCUCGGACAGCGGCUCUGUGAAGCGGGGUGACAAGGACCUGCGCUUGGGAGACCGUGUGCUGGUUGGCGGGACAAAGACUGGCGUGGUGCGGUAUGUGGGGGAGACGGACUUUGCCAAGGGCGAGUGGUGUGGCGUGGAGCUGGACGAGCCCCUCGGGAAGAACGAUGGGGCGGUGGCGGGCACCAGGUACUUCCAGUGCCCACCCAAGUUUGGCCUCUUCGCGCCCAUCCACAAGGUGAUCCGCAUCGGCUUCCCAUCCACCAGCCCAGCCAAAGCCAAGAAGACGAAGCGUAUGGCCAUGGGUGUCUCCGCGCUGACCCACAGUCCCAGCAGCUCCUCCAUCAGCUCCGUCAGCUCCGUGGCUUCCUCCGUGGGCGGCCGGCCCAGCCGCAGUGGCCUGCUCACGGAGACCUCUUCACGCUACGCCCGCAAGAUCUCUGGCACGACCGCCUUGCAAGAGGCACUGAAGGAGAAGCAGCAGCACAUCGAGCAGUUGCUGGCUGAACGGGACCUGGAGCGGGCUGAGGUGGCCAAGGCCACGAGCCACAUCUGCGAGGUGGAGAAGGAGAUCGCCCUGCUCAAGGCACAGCAUGAGCAGUAUGUUGCAGAAGCAGAGGAGAAGCUGCAGCGGGCCCGGCUGCUGGUGGAGAGCGUGCGGAAGGAGAAGGUAGACCUGUCCAACCAGCUGGAGGAGGAGAGGAGGAAGGUGGAGGACCUGCAGUUCCGAGUGGAGGAGGAGUCCAUCACCAAGGGAGACCUGGAGACCCAGACACAGCUGGAGCACGCGCGCAUUGGGGAGCUGGAGCAGAGCCUGCUACUGGAGAAGGCGCAGGCCGAGCGCCUGCUCCGAGAAUUAGCCGACAACAGGCUGACCACAGUGGCCGAGAAGUCGCGGGUGCUGCAGCUGGAGGAGGAGCUGAACCUGCGGCGGGGCGAGAUCGAGGAGCUGCAGCAGUGCCUGCUGCACUCCGGCCCGCCGCCCGCCGACCACCCCGAGGCCGCCGAGACCCUGCAGCUGCGGGAGCGGCUGCUGUCGGCCAGCAAGGAGCACCAGAGGGAGAGCGGCGUGCUGCGGGACAAGUACGAGAAGGCCCUGAGGGCCUACCAGGCUGAGGUGGAGAAGCUCCGGGCCGCCAACGAGAAGUACGCACAGGAGGUGGUGGACCUCAAGGCCAAGGUGCAGCAGGCCACCAGCGAGAACAUGGGGCUCAUGGACAACUGGAAGUCCAAGCUGGACUCACUGGCCUCGGACCAUCAGAAGUCCCUGGAGGACCUCAAGGCCACCCUGAACUCGGGCCCUGGCGCCCAGCAGAAGGAGAUCGGGGAGCUGAAGGCUGUGAUGGAGGGCAUCAAGAUGGAGCACCAGCUGGAGCUGGGCAACCUGCGCGCCAAGCACGACAUCGAGACCGCCAUGCACGUGAAGGAGAAGGAGGGCCUGCGGCAGAAGCUGCAGGAGGCCCAGGAGGAGCUGGCCGGGCUGCAGCAGCACUGGCGGGCCCAGCUGGAGGUGCAGGCUGGCCAGCACCGGCUGGAGCUGCAGGAGGCCCAGGACCAGCGCCGGGACGCCGAGCUGCGGGUGCACGAGCUGGAGAAGCUGGACGCAGAGUACCGGGGCCAGGCGCAGGCCAUCGAGUUCCUCAAGGAGCAGAUCUCCCUGGCCGAGAAGAAGAUGCUGGACUACGAGCUGCUGCAGCGGUCGGAGGCCCAGAGCAAGCAGGAGGCCGAGAGGCUGCGGGAGAAGCUGCUGGUCGCUGAAAACAGACUCCAGGCUGUCGAGUCCCUGUGCUCGUCCCAGCACGCCAACAUGAUUGAGUCGAACGACAUUUCAGGGGAGAAGAUGAGGAUGAAGGAGACUGUGGAGGGCCUGCAGGACAAGCUGAACAAGAGGGACAAGGAGGUGACAGCCUUGACGAACCAGACUGAGAUGCUCAGGGCCCAAGUAAGUGCGCUGGAGAGCAAGUGCAAGUCGGGGGAGAAGAAGGUGGACAUCCUCCAGAAAGAGAAGCGGCGCUUGGAGGCCGAGCUGGAGGCCGUGUCCCGGAAGACGCACGACGCCUCCGGCCAGCUGGUGCCCAUCAGCCAGGAGCUGCUCAGGAAGGAGCGGAGCCUGAACGAAUUGCGGGUAUUGUUGCUGGAAGCCAAUCGCCACUCCCCAGGGCCCGAGAGGGACCUGAGCCGUGAGGUCCACAAGGCUGAGUGGCGGAUCAAGGAGCAGAAACUCAAGGAUGACAUCCGGGGCCUUCGUGAAAAGCUGACUGGGCUGGACAAAGAGAAGUCGCUGUCGGAUCAGAGGCGCUACUCCCUCAUUGACCCGUCCUCGGCGCCGGAGCUCCUGCGGCUACAGCACCAGCUGAUGAGCACAGAGGACACACUGCGGGAUGCACUGGACCAGGCUCAGCAGGUGGAGAAGCUCAUGGAGGCCCUGAGGAGCAGCCCUGACAAGUCCCCGGCCAUUGGCAAUUCGGGUUCUGCGAACGGCAUCCACCAGCAAGACAAGACCCACAAACAAGAGGACAAGCACUGACCCUGAGGGCCAUCAUGGAGCAGCCCCAUCCACACCAGAGCCACUCUUUUCUGCCCCAGUGGCGCCCCCUCCAGGCAGCGGCCAGGACUGUUACUUUGGAGACAAGAACAGUAUUUGUAACAAUAAUGUACCUACCGUCUGGACAAUCCCCACCCCCAACCCCCUGCCGGACCAGGAGGCUUCCUCAAGCACGAACUUCCACAGAGAGCGGUACUGCCCUGACCUGGCCCGGAACCUGCAGCCCCGACGCCAGGACACCCAGCAGUUUCUGGAAUUCGUGUGGGGAGGCUGAGGCUGUCCGACCAGCCCGCUCCCCAGAACGAGCUGCUGGGGACCAUCUUGGCACCCUGAGCACGUCCCUCCCCUCCCUUUCUUCCCUUCCUUCUCCAGGGUCCUCCUCGGAUCCCAGAGAGCCAUUGUCCCAGGAAAGGGUCAGAGGAGGCCCAGGGUCUCCUUGCAGGCACCAAGGAGCAAAGCCCGGGCCUCAGGAGCCACUGAGGACCCCCUUUUCUGCAGCCACUUCCUGGCAAGGCAGUGCCCAGGGCUGCUCGUACCCACAUCGUGAGCCUCCUUCACGCACUGGUACAAGCUCCCCUAGCCUGUCUGCCCAGCGAGUCCCAGGUUCAAGGUGUUGGGGUGCAAGGUCCUUUUCCCCCAACACCAACAUACACACACAACUCCAAGCUGCUGGCCAGAGGGUGGCCGCCAAGGCCAGGAGCACAGUAUUAGGAAAGUGGGAGCCCCUGUCCUCACCCCCACAUCGACCUGGCUUGGAGCUGGGGCAGGGUGGCUGCAGGGGCGUUCAGACCAGUGGUCCAGGCAUCUUUUAACUGGUUGGUAAUUCGGUGUCCCCUGGGCUGACGAGCCGUCCCAAAACUGGGCCUCCCACCUGCAGGUGCACUUGUGCGCACCCUGACGGACACACCCACUGACCCUUGACUCACGCACACUCACAGGGGUCACACAGGGCCAUGCAGGUGGGGCGUUUGCAUCAGCCAUGCUCAGGCCACACAGGCGCACACACUUGGGUUCCAGGACUGAGCCCCAGGCCAGGCAAGGUAGUGGCCGCACACACCACAGACAUUCCUGCAACCUGGCAGUGCACGCACACACACACCCAGGCACGCAGUGAGCGCUCAUGGGUGUGUAUGUCAGGCACAGACAUCAGAAUGCACAGGCACCAACAGCCCCUUUCAAUCUUACCAGGCACCGGCCCGGAGCCUUUUAAGCCUUGUCUCCAGAAAGAGAACCCAAGGGAUGUAGUUGGCAAGAAAAAGCUCAGCACCUCGAGCCCUGCUGAGUCUCUCCAGGCGAAGAGAAGCCAGCUGUGGUCCAGCAGUGCCCGCCUCUAGAGCUGGAGGGCCCGCAGGCCAUGGCCUUGUGCCGCAGCACCGCUGCUGGGGGGUACAGGCGGGGCCUAGCACCCCUUCAUGGCGUUCCCAAGGUGCGCCAGGACGGGUAUGCAGUCUGCCCAGGGAGCAGUCCAGGGAGCCUGCAAGUGCUCCCAGGUGCAGGUGGGUGGUGCUCACGACCUUGCCAUCAACCUUGCCAUCCUGGGGGCGGGCAGCCAGUUUGUCCCAUCAGCCCCCUCCCCCUCCCCGUUGGCUUUUGGUAGCUCUCGCAUGCUGUUUUAUUAACAACAGUAGGAGCGAUGCUUUAGUGGCCUAACCCAGAGUUAAUACUACUCUUUCCAGCAAAUUCAGGCAGCGGCCUCCCCAAGGAGGCGCUGAUUAGUCUACUAACAGCCAAAGGCCCACACCGGAGGGCUGAGCCCCGGAUGGGUUUGCAGGGGGCAGGUUAUCAAAGAAGUUUCCAGUGAGCAUCUCCGCCUGACCCGUGUGGACUCAGCCACGCCCUGCCAAGUCCUCCCCGCCCCCUCCCCUCCCCAAAGUGGAAUUGUUGAAGUGUGGCAAGUCCGUGCUCGAGACAAUAAAGCUUGUGACUGAGG